AUGGCUUCUAUACAUGAAAAAUUUACCGAAGUUUUUUGUUCUUGUAUUUGUGACCAAUGUUUUAUCUUCUUUCUUCUUGCUAUUGUUGUGUUGAAGCUAGCAAGAAGAGCCAAAAUCAAAGCCAAUAUCAAUCUGCCUCCAUCCCCAAGAAAGCUGCCAAUCAUUGGCAAUCUUCAUCAGAUAGGACCAUUGCCAUACCGCUCUUUCAGAGCCCUCUCACAAAAGCAUGGUUCUCUGAUGUGGUUGCAGUUGGGGCAGACUCAAACUUUGGUGGUUUCAUCACCAGAUUUGGUCAGGGAAAUCAUCCAAACUCAUGACUUAAUUUUCUCAAACCGACCCAAAUUCACAGCAGCAAGAUACAUCUUGUAUGGAUGUAAUAACAUUGGUUUUGCUUCUUAUGGAGAAAGCUGGAAACUGAAAAGAAAAAUAUGUGUCCUUGAACUUCUUAGCUUCAAAAGGGUGCAGUCAUUUAGUGUCAUCAGGGAAGAAGAGGUUGCAGAACUGGUUAGAAAGAUAAGUGAAGCAAUGAUGAGAGAUGCAUCCUCUAUGAAUCUAAGUGAGUUGCUCCUUGAAGCAGCAGACAACAUCAUCUGUAAAUGUGCUCUUGGAAAGAAGUACACUAACAGCAGGAUCAAAGAGCUUGCAAGGAAAGUAAUGAUUCAACUUACAGUUGUCACUGUAGGGGAUCGCUUUCCUUUGUUGAGCUGGGUUGAUUCUCUAACUGGAAGAAUUCAGCAAUUCAAGGCCACUUUUAGAGCAUUUGAUGCCUUAUUUGAUGAGGUAAUUGCAGAGCAUAAGAAGGUGCAGAGGGAAGCUGAUCACUGCUCCACUGAGAAAGACUUUGUGGAUAUCCUCCUCCAACACCAGAAGGGUGGCAUGCCUGACUCUCAGCUCACCAACAAUGACAUCAAAUCAAUUCUAUUGGAUAUGUUUGCAGCAGGAAGUGAUACAACUGCAUCAACACUAGAAUGGGCUAUGACAGAGCUGAUGAGAAAUCCAAUGAAAAUGAAGAAAGCCCAGGAAGAGGUGAGAAAAGUUGUAGGGCAUAAAUCAAAAGUAGAAGAAGAUGACAUAAACCAAAUGGAGUACAUGAAAUGUGUAGUCAAAGAAACUCUAAGGAUGUAUCCAGCAGCUCCUCUCUUGGCUCCUAGAGAGACAUCAUCUAAUGUGAGAAUCAGAGGAUAUGAUAUUCCAGCAAAAACACUGGUAUAUGUUAAUGCAUGGGCAAUUCAGAGGGACCCUGAACUCUGGGAAAGGCCUGAAGAGUUCAUUCCAGAGAGACAUGGUAAUAACCAGGUUCCUUCCAAAGGCCAAUAUAUUCCAUUUGGUUUUGGGAGAAGGGCAUGCCCUGGAAUGACCUUUGGACUUGCUUCUGUUGAGUAUAUGCUGGCCAACCUUCUUUAUUGGUUCAAUUGGAAGCUCCCUACAUCUUAUACAUCUGCACAAGACAUUGACAUUACUGAGAGAUACGGCCUCGUUACCUCCAAAAAAAUGCCACUUCAUCUCAAACCAGUUCCAUUUUCAUUUUGA